UUCCGCGCGGAAACCAAGGUUAAAAAAAAAGAGCGCGGGGGUGGCGUUAGAGCUCGCGAGACUUCCGGUCCCGCCUCUUCCGUUUUGCACGUUGGGAGACCGGGGUUUGGAGGGAUCCACGCCGUCGCUGCAGCAGGAAAGUCACCCAUCUCCAUCCUCACUAUGUCAAUCGGGGUGCCCAUCAAGGUCCUCCACGAGGCCGAGGGACACAUCGUCACCUGCGAGACCAACACCGGCGAGGUCUACCGAGGGAAGCUCAUCGAGGCCGAGGACAACAUGAACUGCCAGAUGUCGAACAUCACGGUGACGUACCGUGACGGGCGCGUGGCGCAGCUGGAGCAGGUCUACAUCCGUGGGAGCAAGAUCCGCUUCCUGAUCCUUCCGGAUAUGCUCAAGAACGCCCCGAUGCUCAAGAGCAUGAAGAACAAGAACCAAGGUUCCGGAGCCGGGAGGGGCAAGGCUGCCAUCCUCAAGGCACAAGUGGCUGCCCGAGGAAGAGGGCGCGGGAUGGGGCGCGGAAACAUCUUCCAGAAGCGCAGAUAAAGAAGAGGAAGGAGAUCUGCAAGAUGGCCACCGGGUUCGAUUGAUUGCCACCAAUCGCUUUGCCGUUCCUAUUAUUAUUAUGUUUUGCUUUUUAUUAUUUUUCAGUCUAUCAAUAAACAUGGAUCUUUCUUAGCCA